CCUGCUGUCUCAUCUCUGAUGGGGACUGACUGUUAACAUGAGCGUUUCAGAAAUACACCGUGGGACUCUUCGCAAGUACGGUGGAUUCGUGUUCAAACAGUGGAAGGAGAGGUGCUUGGUGUUGUCCGCUGAGGGCGUUCUUCUGGUGUGUCGCGAUGCAGCGUCUCUUCCAGACCAGACGGUGGCGCUGCAGGGAGGCUGUGAGGGCAUCGUGGAGGGCAGGGAGAUCCUGGACCUCCCGAAGCUGCCCUCCGGGGGACGCAGGGACUGCUGCUUUGCUCUCGUCCUGCCUCUCGACAAGUUCCUGCUCCUGCUGACUGACACGCCUGAGGAGUGCUGCCAGUGGCUUAACAUGCUCAGGAAGGUGAGAGAGAGUGUCUCGACGUCGCGCUCCUGCAGACGGCACCUGACUCAGCCUCCCUGCAUCACAGACAGAGAUCCGCUUCCAGACUACGUCACCGAGAAAGACCCUCAAACUCCCCCAGUUAGCGACACAGAAGCACCGUCACCGGGCCCAAGCACAGGAGACGCCAUACAGAAGGAGAAGGUCAAGAAAUCCCCGCGGUCAAAGAGGAACGGGUCUGGGCGGUCGUCUGGUUGCCUCCGCCACGGCACCAGCAACGACGCUAAAGCGGUCCGGGCAGUUUACCUGCUGAUGGGGGGCGCGGCCGCGUCCUCCGCCAUGGGCUACCUCGGCGCCGGCUCUUCCUCCAACCUGGAGACCAGGGCUCCCGACCUUCCGGUGGCCACAAACUUCUCCGAGAUAGGCUCCGGAGGGGCGUACCACACCUGCAGCCAGACGGCCGACUCACCCCACUUCCACAGUUUCGACUUCGAGGCGGGAGAUUCGGACUUCGACGCCUUUGACUGUGGCGGAUUUGCAUUCUAGUGGCCUGGGACUGUCUUGGGGCGUUUUGAGUUUGGCAGGCAGAAGACUUUCAAGUCCUUUAUCUUAUAGAACACAAUUGAUUCUUGGUGAUAUCUUCUUUCUAUGUGAUACACGUGAAACUAUGUAUGGCACCCAGUUUCUUGACACUUUAAAUGCUCUCUUGAUCAUUUAUUGUGAUUGUGCAAAUGUAACUGCUGUGUGGUUGUCUUCUAUCCUCUGUGUUCCAUCACUAACAUCAUAGGGAUGUGAGU